GCUAGAAUUUUCUCAAAAAUACCGCCUCUUUGACGAGGGCAGCCACUUGUAUAUACAUCUGUAAAUCUUUGGUUCUUCAUCCCCCACAAGCGUAGUACUCAGAUCCUAGCACCCUUGAUACCGACUUGGCUCUCAACUCCCGAGUAUUCAAGACGAAUCAUCAUUGGGUUUCCAUCACGGGGCCGAGACUCGAGCACAGCAGCAGGAACCGCGAUAUAGUAGCACGCAUGUCUAUGAUUGGUGACAGUCCAGCUCGAAGCGCUGAGCGGCGAAGCCUCAAACAGGGGUCCAGCCAAUAAGACUUCAGAUCCGGACUUCAUCGACCUCGAUACCUGUACUUCGUCACGCGCCAAAGGGUGAUUAAUGCAGGGCCGUUAUUGUGCGCAAGGGAAUAUUUUCAUAUUUUUCACAGUGAUGAGCCGCCGGAUUGGUUCUGCGAAGCCUUAGUCUGGGAAUUAAGUCGUAGUGCAUGUGGAUGUUGGAGAUUCGUUUCACUCAGUGAUGUUGGGCCGGUGAUAACGGCGGUUGAGAAUGAUCAACUAGCGGUGGCCCAUGCAUUGUUGGCGUCCAUUUCUAAAGCGAAGCGCCAGGGGUCGUUGUUGGUUCUUGAUAUGCUUAUCGUGUAAGUUGACCUGCAGCCGUUGUCAUGGUUUUGACAGCGUUAGAGAUUGGUCUUGGCAAGAAGACGCUGAACUCGAGAUUACCUCCUUUCUAGAUUUUGCUCUUAAGCGAAAAACUUGGCGAUGCGAUGUUGCACCAUCUUGGUUCCGGUGUAAGCGCCAGGGGUUAGCAUUUGAAAUAGAUUCAUGACGCUGCUUAGAGAUACAAC